UAGCUAUUUCCCCUCUUUUUUCUAUGUAAAAAUAAACAGCUAGAAAGAUAAUUUGAUGGAGAUUUUGUCCAACACAAUUAUAGCAACAAUUUGUGUUGCAAUAUUGUUGGUAUUUACAUGGAGAGUGUUGAAUUGGGCAUGGUUUAGGCCAAAAAAAUUGGAGAAUAUCUUAAGGCAAAGGGGUCUAAAAGGAAAUCCAUAUAAGUUACUCUAUGGAGAUUUGAAUGAAUUCACAAAAAGUAUAGUUGAAGCAAAGUCUAAGCCUAUCAAUUUCUCUGAUGAUAUAGCUCAAAGACUCAUCCCUUUUUCCUCAACUCCAUCAACAAAAAUGGUAUAUGUUUCUUUUAUUGAUUCAGUUGGAAAAUUACUGGCAGGUAAAAGUUCUUUUGUGUGGCUAGGCCCAUAUCCAACAGUGUUGAUCACAGAUCCUGAACAUGUAAAAGAGAUUUUCACAAAGAAUUAUGUGUAUGUAAAGCAGCGUCAUGUCAAUCCAAUGACCAAGUUAUUGGCUGACGGUCUAUCAGCCAUUGAUGGAGACAAAUGGGCCAAACACAGAAAAAUCAUCAAUCCCGUGUUCCACGUAGAGAAGUUAAAGCAUAUGCUGCCAGCAUUUUAUGUGAGUUGUAGUGAAAUGCUAAGCAAAUGGGAGGAAAUUGUUCCAAAGGGAACAUCAUUUGAACUCGAUGUAUGGCCAGACCUUCAAAUAAUGGCUAGUGAAGUCAUAUCUCGUACAGCAUUUGGGAGUAGCUAUGAAGAAGGAAGAACAGUAUUUGAACUUCAGAAAGAACAAGCUGAGUAUGUAAUCGAAAAAGGACGAUCAAUUUAUAUACCAGGAUCAAGGUUCUUGCCUACUAAAAGGAACAAAAGAAUGCUGGAAAUCGAAAAGCAAGUCCAAACAACGAUCAGGUGUAUCAUCGACAAAAGAUUGAGGGCAAUGGAAGCAGGGGAGCCUAGUAAAGAUGACUUAUUAGGCAUAUUACUUGAAUCCAAUAUGAAAGAAAUUGAACAACACGGAAGCAAAGAUUUCGGAAUGACAACAGUUGAAGUGAUUGAAGAGUGCAAGUUAUUCUAUUUUGCUGGACAAGAGACUACUUCAGUGUUGCUCGUCUGGACAAUGAUUUUGCUGUGCUUACAUCCAGAGUGGCAAGUACGUGCCAGAGAGGAGGUGUUGCACGUCUUUGGAAAUAAUAAACCAGAUUUGGAAAGACUAAAUCGCUUGAAAAUUGUAACAAUGAUCUUGUACGAGACAUUAAGGCUAUUCCCCCCAUUGCCAGUAAUUGGUAGAAUGAAUAAAGAAGAAGUGAAAUUAGGGGAGCUAAACCUACCAGCCGAAAUGCAACUCAUCAUACCCGCAAUCCUAGUACAUUAUGAUAAGGAGAUAUGGGGUGAAGACGCAAAGGAAUUCAAACCAGAAAGAUUCAGUGAAGGAGUGUCAAAGGCAACCAAAGGACAAGUCUCUUUUAUACCAUUUAGCUGGGGACCGCGUGUUUGCAUCGGACAAAACUUUGCAAUGAUGGAAGCAAAAAUGGCAAUAGCAAUGAUACUACAAAAGUUCUCCUUCGAACUAUCACCAUCAUAUACACAUGCUCCAUUUGCAAUAGUGACUAUUCAUCCUCAGUAUGGUGCUCCUCUGCUUAUGCGCAAACUUUAAGAUGAUAUUUUACAACAUUGGUGUUGUAUGUUGAUCUACAUGCAUUAUUUGAAUGAUCGAUGUACUAAAUUGUUGCGAGAUCGCAGAAGUCAUGCUUCAAAUUUAAACAUUGACUGCAGUUUGGUUAAUGUUAUCAAAGUUUUUUAGCUUUUGAUAUGA